AUGGAGUUCUUCAGUGUACCAGGGGCAGGGAAGUUUACGAAACUAUUGAAAGGCACACACUGGAACUGGAAACAUCUAAAUACAGUCAUCCGACCUCACGGUCCGGUGUCACUUGAUGUUGACGUCAUAUCCAAAUUUAGAUUGCAUGGGAAACUGAAAGUAUACAGAGACUGCUCAGAGAUUCUCAAAAACAAUCCAAGCAAUAAAGGAAAGGAUGCGGUCUACACAAUUUACCCUGAUCUGAAGAACAAGAAGCUGGUCUAUUGUGACAUGACGACGGACGGAGGCGGAUGGACGGUCGUACAGAAAAGGCGAGAUGGAACUACCAAUUUUUAUAACACAAGGAGUCAAUACAAGAUUGGAUUUGGCGACCCCAACAAAAAUUACUGGAUAGGAAACGACGCCCUAUACUUGCUGACAAAGUCAGGUAACCAAAUCCUCCGUGUGGACCUUCAGAAAUUUAACGGUCAGAAGGCGUACGCUAAAUACUCCAGAUUCUCUGUGGGUGAUGAAAGCAGCCAAUACAGACUGAGUGUGUCAGGAUACAGCGGCACGGCAGGUGACAGUCUUUUGUACCACAAGGGAAUGAAGUUUUCAACGAAAGAUCAAGACAACGACAAAAAUCGAGGAAGUUGUGCCAGGUAUCACAAAGGAGCGUGGUGGUAUAACACUUGUUUUCAUUCCAACCUCAAUGGACAGUAUGCUAAAUCCGCCGUGGUCAGUGACAAGUACCUUAGUUGGUAUCACUUGGGAAAUAAGCUCGAAGCAUUGAGAAGAACAUCCAUGAUGAUUCGACCUUCGAAAUGAAUGAAAUUAUUGCAACAUUGUUGAUCAGAAUUCAAAUAAAAUGA